AACCGAACAAAAAUCAAUGUCUAUAUAUAUCAAAGAAACGGAGAGACAAGGAAACCGGUUCAAAGAUCAAAGCAAGCAAGCAAUGGGCAAUGCUCAGUCACCUCCCGCGGAUUCGCGCUUCGCUUCUGCCUCCAGAGCUUUCACCAAAAAUGAACUCGAAAACCUCAGAUCCUUGUUCCUGUCUCUGGCUGCCCAAUCACAGACCAAUGGGCAUUUCAUCACUCCCUCUGUUUUCAAGACGUAUUUCGGACAUCGUGAUCCUCUGGGUGACCGAAUGUUCGAUUUAGUCUCCCAGCAACGCAAGGAUCAACGCCUCACCUUUCAUGAUCUCGUUAUUGCGAAAGCGACUUAUGAGAAAGGAUCGAAAGAUGAGAUUGAAGAGUUCAUUUACCAUUUAGUAGACGUAUCAGGCGAUGACAUUUUGGGAAGGUCUGAUCUGAAAUCUGUUUUAAGUGCAAUGUGUGAGACUAUAUUCUCCGAGAAAGAUACUGAACUUGGAUUGAGUUCACAUAAGGACAUUGCAGAUAUAUUUCUUAAUGCUGCAACGUUUUCAAAGCAUGUUGAUGGAAGUGCUGAAAAGAGUAUGUCUUUUGAAGAUUUCAGAAAUUGGUGUACUCUUCUCCCAUCUGUCAGGAAGUUCCUUGGAAGUUUGUUAAUGCCACCUGAUCCAGGGAAACUGGGGUCUCAAGUUCCUUGUCUACUGCAUCAGGAGAGUGUUGAUCCUAACACGAUCCUAUUGAGGAAGGAAUAUGCUUGGCAUAUAGGAGGAGCCCUUUCGCAGCCAGAGCUGGAGGAAUGGGAACUUUUAUACCAUAGUGCUUAUGAUGGCCAAAGUUUCAACACAUUCCUGGGCAACAUAUCAAAUGAUGAUGGCCCGACUGUGUUGAUUAUUAUGGAUAAAGAGGGCCACAUAUAUGGAGGUUAUGCUUCUAAGCGUUGGGAGAGGCAUGGUGAUUUCUAUGGAGACAUGAAAUCUUUUCUUUUUCAGCUAUAUCCAAAGGCAUCCACAUUCAGGCCUAGUGGAGCAAACAAGAAUAUACAGUGGUGUGCCGUGAAUUUCAGUUCAGAGGACAUCCCAAAUGGCAUUGGUUUUGGGGGACGAGUGAAUCACUUUGGUCUCUUUCUCUCUGCAACCUUCGAUCAGGGGCAUACAUUCAACUGUACCACAUUUAGUAGUCCUUGCCUUUCUAAGACCAGUCAAAUAUGCCCAGAAGUGAUAGAAUGCUGGAGGGUUGUCCCAAAAGGUGCACAGAGAAGGCAUAAUGCUGUCAAAGGUACUGUAUUAGAAAGGUUUAAGGAAGAUCGCCAUAUGCUCAACAUGGUUGGGCUUGCAAAUUCUAGCGAGUGAUCUAUCUGGUUAUGCACCUUCUAGCUGGCUUCUAUAAUCAGAGAUAAAAUAUCAUCUAGGAUUUGUAUUCGAAAUCUUUCUUUCAAUGUCAUAAUAUUUCCUGUUUCUAAUGUUGUUGCUCUGGAAAGCUUGUCACACAUAUUUGGCAGAUCUGUAAGUACUUUUAGGUACAAUUGAAGAUUCUAUUCAGAAGAUGCGGUAGAGUUCAUGCCUCUUGAAUAGAUUUGGGGGGUACCAUUGGGAAGA